AUGGUCGUUGGAGCCCCGCGGAGGAACCUUGAGGGCUGUAAGGUCCCUAAUGUUCCUCGAUCACGUAUUCAUUCAGCAAGCAACCUGAGUUCAUUAAAGAGGAAACAUCCAUCUGACGAAGAUAGUACAUCUAGCCUACAAACAAAUGAUCUAGAUGAUCAUAAUGACAAGGCGAAGUUGACAGCAUUACCGCGACAGACUGGAAGUAUGGUUUCUAGCCACCACGAACAAGAUGUUGUGACUCGAAUUCGCAAUCUUGAAUGGAUAGAAAUAGGACAAUACCGAAUAAAGCCAUGGUAUUUCUCACCGUAUCCAGUGGAACUUGUGUCUGCUGACUGCGUAUACAUUUGCGAAUUUUGUCUGAAGUAUCUUAAAAGCCGAACCUGCCUGCGUCGACAUCUGACAUACGCACAACAUUUAUGUCUGCUUGCCAAACUGUUCCUGGACCACAAGACCCUAUACUAUGACACGGACCCCUUCCUCUUUUACGUCCUUUGCGAGACGGACUCCCGAGGAUAUCACAUAGUAGGUUAUUUCUCAAAGGAAAAAGAAUCAUCGGAAGAUUAUAAUGUUGCUUGCAUCCUGACUCUUCCCCCGUAUCAACGAAAGGGCUACGGAAAGCUUUUAAUUGAAUUCAGUUACGAACUCAGCAAGAUAGAAGGAAAACUUGGCUCGCCAGAGAAGCCCCUUAGCGACUUGGGCCUCUUGUCUUAUCGCUCAUACUGGGCAAUGACUCUCAUGGAUAUAUUUCUAUCGACUAAGCCCUCGGAACCAGGACAGGAGCCUGCAAUUAGCAUCAAUGAAAUUGUCGAACGUACAAGCAUGAAAAGGGAUGACGUGAUCGCUACUCUCUCCUACCUGAACGUUCUGUACUAUGUGAAGGGACAAUACCUAAUCUUCCUGAGUAAAGAAAACCUCGAAUUACACAAGCGUGCCAUCUCCAAACGCCUUGUGCGCGUUGAUCCCACUUGCUUGAGCUGGAAGCCAAAAGACUGGAGCAAGCGCGGACGAUGGUGA